UCCCAUCUCCAUUUCCAUUCCAUAAAAGAACUUCAUAUUCUUUUAAUCUUCUUCUUCCUCCAUUCAUUUUCUUCUCCCUUCUUAUUAAUUCCAAUGACUCUAUUUUCUACCUAGCUUUAAUAUUUUUUUCUUUUUUAAUUGUAGUUUUUUUGUGUUCCUAAGUUGAAGCCGAGUUAACGACUCACUGAGUCGUUUUUAGGUGGUAAUGGCGAAUCUCGAACAGAUCAAAAAUGAAAAUGUUGACCUGGAGAAAAUUCCUAUAGACGAAGUGUUUCAGCUCUUGAAAUGUUCAAGGGAAGGUUUGUCAUCAGACGAAGGAACCAAUCGUCUUCAGUUGUUUGGUCCAAACAAGUUAGAAGAAAAAAAGGAAAGCAAAGUACUGAAGUUUCUUGGGUUUAUGUGGAAUCCAUUGUCAUGGGUUAUGGAAGCAGCUGCUUUAAUGGCUAUUGUGUUAGCAAAUGGUGAUCAUAGGCCUCCUGACUGGCAGGAUUUUGUGGGUAUAAUGGUCCUUCUAGUGAUCAACUCUACAAUUAGUUUCAUAGAAGAAAACAAUGCUGGCAAUGCCGCAGCAGCUCUUAUGGCUAAUCUCGCUCCAAAAACAAAAGUUCUUCGAGAUGGACGAUGGAGCGAGCAAGAGGCUGCAAUACUAGUCCCAGGAGACAUAAUUAGCAUAAAGUUAGGAGACAUAGUCCCUGCUGAUGCCCGUCUUCUUGAGGGUGAUCCUCUCAAGAUUGAUCAAUCUGCACUUACAGGAGAAUCCCUUCCUGUUACGAAGAAUCCUGGUGAGGAAGUUUUCUCAGGUUCGACUUGUAAACAAGGUGAAAUAGAGGCAGUUGUUAUAGCUACUGGUGUUCAUACCUUCUUUGGUAAGGCUGCCCACCUUGUUGAUAGCACUAACCAAGUUGGUCACUUCCAAAAGGUGCUUACAGCAAUUGGUAACUUUUGUAUUUGCUCAAUUGCUUUGGGAAUGCUGAUUGAGGUCGUGGUGAUGUACCCGAUUCAACAUCGUAAAUAUCGUGAUGGAAUUGAUAAUUUAUUGGUACUUUUGAUUGGUGGGAUACCAAUUGCUAUGCCUACUGUAUUGUCUGUUACUAUGGCUAUUGGUUCGCAUAAGCUAUCUCAACAAGGUGCAAUUACUAAAAGAAUGACUGCCAUUGAGGAAAUGGCAGGCAUGGAUGUUCUAUGUAGUGACAAAACGGGCACAUUGACAUUGAAUAAGCUUACUGUGGACCGUAAUCUAAUUGAAGUUUUUGCAAAGGGAGUGGAAAAGGAUUAUGUACUUCUGCUUGCUGCUAGGGCUUCAAGAACUGAAAAUCAGGAUGCAAUUGAUGCCGCCAUGGUUGGAAUGCUAGCUGAUCCAAAAGAGGCACGUGCAGGAAUACGGGAGAUCCAUUUCCUUCCAUUUAACCCAGUGGAUAAAAGGACUGCAUUAACUUAUAUCGAUGCUAAUGGAAACUGGCAUCGAGCAAGCAAAGGUGCCCCAGAACAGAUUCUGGACCUAUGCCGUUGCAAGGAAGAUGUCAAAAGGAAGGUUCAUGCUGUUAUCGAGAGCUAUGCUGACCGUGGGUUGAGAUCCUUAGCUGUUGCAAAACAGGAGGUACCAGAGAAAUCGAAAGAUAGUCCAGGAGGCCCGUGGCAGUUUGUUGGUUUAUUGCCCUUAUUUGAUCCUCCAAGGCAUGAUAGUGCUGACACGAUUAAGAGAGCUCUACAUCUUGGUGUGAAUGUAAAGAUGAUAACAGGUGAUCAACUUGCAAUUGCUAAAGAGACUGGUCGACGACUUGGAAUGGGAACCAAUAUGUACCCAUCAUCUUCAUUGCUUGGACAAGACAAAGACAACAAUGUGGCAGGUCUUCCUGUGGAUGAGUUGAUUGAGAAGGCUGAUGGAUUUGCAGGGGUGUUCCCUGAGCACAAGUACGAAAUUGUGAAGAGAUUGCAAGAAAGGAAGCACAUAUGUGGCAUGACAGGUGAUGGUGUAAACGAUGCCCCAGCACUGAAAAAGGCAGAUAUCGGAAUUGCAGUUGCUGAUGCUACUGAUGCUGCAAGAAGCGCUUCUGAUAUAGUCUUAACGGAACCUGGAUUGAGUGUUAUUAUAAGUGCUGUACUCACUAGCAGAGCUAUCUUUCAGAGGAUGAAGAACUACACAAUAUAUGCAGUGUCAAUCACAAUUCGUAUUGUGUUUGGCUUCAUGUUUAUUGCUUUGAUAUGGAAAUUCGACUUCUCUCCAUUUAUGGUUCUGAUCAUUGCAAUUUUGAAUGACGGAACAAUCAUGACAAUUUCAAAGGACAGAGUAAAACCAUCGCCCCAACCAGAUAGUUGGAAAUUGAAAGAGAUUUUCGCUACUGGUGUCGUUUUGGGAGGUUACCAGGCACUAAUGACUGUAGUAUUCUUCUGGCUCAUGAGUGACACAACCUUUUUCUCGGAGAAAUUUAAUGUGAAGCCAUUGCGCCACGGUCAGAUGAUGGCAGCCUUGUACCUGCAAGUAAGUGUUAUUAGCCAGGCUCUCAUUUUUGUCACACGAUCUCGAAGUUGGUCCUAUGUUGAACGCCCUGGGCUUUUGUUAUUCGCUGCUUUCUUAGGUGCUCAACUGAUAGCAACAAUCUUAGCAGUCUAUGCCAACUUUGCCUUUGCAAAAAUGGAAGCAAUGGGAUGGGGAUGGGCUGGUGUCGUAUGGAUUUACAGCUUAGUUACUUACAUACCACUCGACAUUUUGAAAUUCACCAUUCGCUAUGUGCUAAGCGGAAGGGCUUGGAACAAUCUUUUGGAAAACAAGACGGCUUUUACAACAAAGAAGGAUUAUGGGAGAGAAGAGAGAGAAGCACAAUGGGCAGCUGCACAAAGGACUCUACAUGGUCUUCAACCUCCAGAAACAACGACUAUAUUGAACGAGAAGAGCAGUUAUAGGGAACUUUCAGAGAUUGCUGAACAAGCAAAGAGGAGGGCUGAGGUUGCAAGGCUUAGGGAGUUGCACACAUUGAAAGGGCACGUGGAAUCAGUCGUAAAACUGAAAGGAUUAGAUAUCGACACCAUGCAACAACAUUACACCGUGUAGAUGACACAAUUUUAUGAAUGUCGGAAAGGGAGGAUAGAGGCUAGGAAUAUGUGUUGUUACAACACAAGGAGACAUGGGUUUUCUAUUUUUCUAAGCAAGUUAUAAUAUUUUGUUUAUUUAUUCCUACACUCCCUUUUAAUUAACAAUAGUACAAUCUAAAGCCCCAUUUGGGUCGGCAGCAAUCAAGUUCUGCAUUUUGCCAACUUGAAAAAUUUUGUAUAAAUGUAAUAAUUAAUUUGUCAUACUUUUGAUGAUGAUGAUGAUGA